UUUCUGAGUUUGUGUUUUGGAGAGUGUGUCGGGCUGAAGAAUGAGGAAAAGUGGAAGAAAUGCAUGAAAAUGCCCUGGGAUACUCUCGCAGCAUUUUAAUAGGUUGCAGCUCGCGAGCCGACAAGUACAGACAUCAUUCCUCCGCUAGACAAGCGCGUGGACAGACUGCCUUUCCUCUUUAGUUCGCUUUCGCUUUUAUUUUUUUUCAACAAUCACCUGCAUUUUAUUCAGCACAUUCAGAAAAGUCAAUGUCCCUUUCCCUUCUUUUGAAAUCCAAACGUGCGCGUCGGCGAUUUUUGAUCCGGUCUUGAUUAUUUUCUCGGUUCCUGGAGGUGUUAUUGCAAUUCAAGUGUGUCAUCAUUUGCUCUGAACAAGAGCAGGAACAUGCUCGGGGAUUCAAUCGAGAGAUAAGGGGGCUUUUCCAAUAGGCUAGACAAAUAUUGGACAUUUGCAAGCGUUUUAUUGUGAUACGCACAUAUAUCGCACGUUUCUGUCCUGCGUCUGCUUCAUAUAAGGUUGUACUAUGGACUACAAGCUCUGACGUCUGCAUCAGAUAUUUUCUGCUGCAUUUCUUUAAAUGUGCAUCUUUUUUCCCCUGUGACUUUGAGAGGAACUUCUCCACCAUCAGCAGUAGGGGAUGCAGAUUUCAUUUUUUUCUUUCCCACCUCCAACCUUUAUAGCUGAGUGGGGGAAUAAAUAAAAAUAUCACACACUGUGGAGCACCCCCUCUUUGAAGGAGCAUCACUGGAGCCAUGGCUUGUCCACAGCUUUGGACCUGGAAACUGCGACGACAGGUGUAGAAGAAGACUGAUACUCUUCCAUUUUUCCUCCCUUUUUUCAUCAUCAUAUUAUUUUUUUCUUUUCUCCAUGGUUUGGAUGAAGAAGACUUUCCAGCAUUUUUUCCAGAAGUCCUGUCGAAGCUGAGAGAUGUCUGAUCUUCUGGUGUUGAUCGAGGGGGUCUCUGACCUGCACGGAUUUCCAUAGCUGAAGAAUAACAGCUGGGACCUGUUAAAUAUUUUUUUCUUUUUCUUUUCCCCCAAUCCCCCUCCCCUUUUUUAUUUUUAUUUUAGUUUUUUUUCUCCUUUUCCUGUUUCUUUUUUUAUUUUAGUUUUCGCGGGGACAUCACAAAUGUGUGCAUUGGUGCUUUGAACUUAGUCAAUAAUUUUGCCUUUUUUCUCCCAUCCCCUUCUUUUGGAUUCUUUUUUCUACUUAUUUUUUCUUUUCUUUCUUUCUUUUUUUAACAUCUGUUUGGAGCACGGGCGGUUGGAUUACUGAAAUUGAAUUAACGGAUUUGUGGAAAUGUUGGGUCCUCAAGAAGACAAAUUAUGUGGAAUUGUUUCUGCUCUGGCGGCCUUGUCCUUUGUCUGCUUUGCACAAAGCACCUCCACCGGAAAUUCCGGAAUAUCUGUGGCCAAGACAACAGUGGACAAAUUACUGAAGGGGUAUGACAUACGCCUUCGGCCAGACUUCGGAGGUCCUCCAGUCAUUGUGGGAAUGAGUAUAAAUAUUGCCAGUAUUGACUCCAUUUCAGAAGUCAACAUGGACUAUACCAUCACCAUGUAUUUCCAACAAAGCUGGAGGGACAAACGGUUGGCCUAUGCUGAGAUGGCUUUGAACCUCACCUUGGACAACCGUGUGGCUGAUCAGUUGUGGCUCCCAGAUACCUACUUCCUGAAUGACAAGAAGUCUUUCCUGCAUGGUGUGACGGUGAAGAACCGAAUGAUUCGGCUCCAUCCAGAUGGCACUGUUCUUUACGGACUGAGAAUAACCACCACAGCAGCGUGCAUGAUGGACCUGAGACGGUACCCCCUCGAUGAACAGAACUGUACCCUGGAGAUUGAGAGUUAUGGGUAUACCACAGAUGAUAUUGUAUUCUUCUGGCAAGGAGGGGACAACGCCGUGACAGGUGUGGACAAACUGGAAUUGCCUCAGUUCUCCAUUGUGGAGCUACGUCUUGUGUCCAGAGAAGUGAGGUUUACUACAGGUUCAUACCCUCGGCUGUCGUUGAGUUUCCGCAUCAAGAGAAACAUAGGCUACUUUAUCCUGCAAACUUACAUGCCCUCCAUCCUGAUCACAAUCUUGUCCUGGGUCUCCUUCUGGAUUAACUACGAUGCUUCUGCUGCUCGUGUGGCCCUGGGUGUAACUACGGUGCUCACAAUGACAACCAUCAACACCCACCUGCGGGAGACCCUCCCAAAGAUCCCCUAUGUGAAAGCCAUCGAUGUCUACCUCAUGGGCUGCUUCGUCUUUGUUUUCCUGGCCCUGCUCGAAUAUGCCUUUGUAAACUAUGUGUUCUUUGGAAGGGGACCCCAGCAGCAGAAAAAGAUCAACGAAAGGCUAAACAAAGCCAACAACGAGCGUCCCCGCUAUGAAGAGAAGCGUCUGAGGGAACAGGACUCCAUUUCAGCGCCGUUUCAAAGCAACACCCUCAGGUCAUAUACACAACGAAGAAAUCUGUAUCUCGAGGAACAAAGAAAAGUUGGGGUGGACGCUUACGGAAACAUUCUUCUCACCACUUUGGAGAUGAACAAUGAGGUGAUGCCGUCCGACGUUGGCAGCAGCGUCAGUGACUCACGGAACUCCGUCAUGUCCUUUGACAGCUCCGGAGUGCAGUUUCGCAAGCCCAUGGCUUCGCGGGACGGGUUCAGCCACCACUCAUUGGACCGCAGUGCCAUGCGCAGUCGUGCCAACUGCCGGCUAAGAAGGCGCUCGUCCAAGCUGAAGCUCAAAAUCCCCAACUUGGCGGAUGUUAGCACCAUUGACAAGUGGUCCCGGGUCAUUUUUCCUAUCACUUUUGGAUUCUUCAACCUUAUCUAUUGGUUGUAUUACGUGAAUUGAUACGUGUUCCCCUAGGAAACAUGGGCCAUAUUUUGAGAGCACAUUGAAUUGGCUUUGAUACAAUUGGAAAAUAUGUGUACACAUAUAUGAAGUUGAUACAUAUGUAUAUGCAUAUUUCUAUAUAUUCUAUUUCUAUAUACACAUGCGUGUGUAAAA